AUGUCGUUUAUCGAGAUCGCCUUCCAAGCCGAAAUAAGUCGAUACGAAGAUUCAGAAUUCGAAGAGUAUGCAAAAAGACAUUGUAAUGAAGAUCCAGAUACUAGGGGCAAAGUAAUCGAAGAGCUGCGGCGAUUGAUACGCGAACGAGGAGAAUGCAAUCCCCGACGAACAGAUGAUGCCUAUUUACUUCGGUUCCUACGAUGUAGACGAUCCAUACCUGCGUUGGCGCAUAAAUUAAUGGUGCGCUACGAACAAUUUCGUCGUGAGAAUGCGUAUCUAUACGACUGCGAUCCUUUCAACUUGGUACUAGUGAGAGACGUGUACGCCGGCGUAUUGCCAGAGAGCCCCGACCAUGGACGGAUCAUUCUUAUGAGGUUUGGUCGAUGGGACGUGGACGCUGCAGCCAUUGAAGAAGUGGUCCGCUAUGCACUAGUAAUGGAUGAGAUAGCCAUAAUGCAACCGAAGCUACAGAUACUCGGAGUCACUAUAGUUGUGGACCUAGACGGACUUAAUCUAAGACAAGUUGCUCAGUUGACGCCAACCGUAGCUGGACAGAUCGUCGCUCUUAUGGGGGUAUCAUUUCCCCUGCCGAAUCACAACCUUCAUAUCAUUAGAUACAAUUGGAUACUUCAUUCUAUAUUUUAUUUAUUUAAACAGUUUAUGCCAAGAGCUGUUUGGAACCGCAUACAUUUUCAUGGAAACGACCUGAGUUCCCUACACAAACACAUAGACCCUAUGUACCUACCUCCUGAGUUAGGCGGCAGAUGUCGCCACGUUAUAUCAACUGAAAAAUGGAUCUCAAAAAUAAAUGAAUACAAAGACGAUUUUCUAGUACAAGAGCUCAAAGAAUUAGGUUUUAAUGUACAAUGUAAAGAGACUAAGAAAUCACAGCAUUUAAAUAAAUAUAUUAUUACUUAA